GCUCCGCUUGUGAGGAAACAGGGUUCUAAGUUUGGAAUUAAAUAAAGAUAGAGAUGUGGAAAGAAUACAUGGAAGUGGUAUCAACACCCUUGAUAUCGAGCCUGUUGAGGGAAGAUACAUGUUAUCUGGUGGAUCGGAUGGUGUUAUUGUACUUUAUGACCUUGAAAACUUGAGCAGGAAACCAAGUUACACAUGUAAAGCACUUUUUUCUGUUGGAAGGAGUCAUCCUGAUGUACAUAAAUUCAGUGUGGAGACAGUCCAGUGGUAUCCUCAUGACACUGGCAUGUUUACAUCGAGCUCAUUUGACAAAACCUUGAAAAUAUGGGAUACAAAUACUUUACAACCUGCAGAUAUAUUUCACUUUGAGGGAACAGUCUAUAGUCAUCAUAUGUCUCCAGUUGCUACAAAGCAUUGUUUAAUAGCAGUUGGUACCAAAAGCCCCAAAGUACAGCUCUGUGACUUGAAGUCUGGAUCCAGUUCUCACAUUCUGCAGGGUCACAGGCAAGAAGUAUUGGCAGUGUCUUGGUCCCCACGUCAUGAAUAUAUUUUGGCAACAGGAAGUGCUGAUGGUAGAGUGAAAUUAUGGGAUGUGAGGAGAGCUUCUGGAUGUCUGAGUACACUUGAUCAGCACAAUGGGGAAAAGUCCAAAGCAUCUUCUGAGGCAGCAAACACUGCUCACAAUGGGAGAGUUAAUGGUUUAUGCUAUACAAAUGAUGGACUUCACCUGCUAACCCUUGGUACAGAUGAUCGGAUGCGUCUCUGGAACAGCUCCACUGGAGAAAACACCUUAGUGAACUAUGGGAAAGUCUGUAAUGAAAGUAGGAAAGGACUCAAAUUUGCCAUCUCUUGUGGCUGUAAUCCAGAGUUUGCCUUUGUUCCGUAUGGAAGUACCAUUGCUGUUUAUACAGUUUUCACAGGAGAACUGAUAACUAUGCUUAGAGGGCAUUAUAGUACUGUCAACUGCUGUGUAUUUCAACCUCAUUUUCAGGAACUUUAUAGUGGUAGCAAAGACUGCAAUAUCCUUGCUUGGAUACCUGCUCCACGAGAGCCAGUUCCUGAUGAUAUUUCUGAAAAGUCUCUGCCUCAACAACAUUUAAAUCCAGCAUAUGAAGACGCAUGGAGCAGCAGUGAUGAUGAAGGCUAAAUUUAAAUUAUGAGCUGAUAUAAAUUGACAUUCGGGCACUGCAUUCACAGACUUUAUCUACAGAAUUGGACUUCGUUGGAUUUAUCACAACAGGAUUUUAGGUACAGCUCUGUUAGAGCAAGGUCUUUCAAAAAUAAGUUUCCACUGUUCUCUGUGUUUCUUUGUCACUGUAAAGUUAAAUCCAAAGGAUUACUUUUUUCAUACUUUCUGACUUUUGUACUUACACGUUGGUAUACUUCAUUCAGCUGAUAAAGAAAAAAUAAAAGCCCUUGGGACCAGUCAAAAUGACAUUGUUUCUGUAAUCAUUAGUACAUGAGGAGAUAUUCAUUUCCAAGACACAUGAUAAAGACAGUUUUCCAUGAAAGAGGGCUGGCUCAAAAAUACUUCCAGCUUUCUUUCAUCAAUGUGUUGGUGAAGCAGAUUGUAUCCAUUUUCAAGUGCUUAUAUACAGUGGGAGUCAACAGAUUUUUGUGCCUGUUCUUUUUGCAUUUUCAGCUUUGCAUGUUUUUCCACCAAUGCAAUAUUCGCUUCAGAAAAAGGUAUAGCUGGGAUCCUCUGGGAUCUAAGUAUUUAUAUGGUGACUCUAUCAUCUAAAAUCUGAAUCUGUCCCAGAAAGCUACAAAUAGAAACUACUUCAGAGUUUUUGUUGCUUCUGUUAGCAGGUUUUUAAGAUCAAUCUUCUAUGUAUGAAUCACACAUCCUUAGCAAACAUGAAGGAUUCCCGGACAGAAACAGGGCUGAGGUACAGUUACAAAGCAGAGAGUAGAUCACAUUCCAAGUUAAAACUAUUGAAUGUAGUCCUUCUAAACUGUUUUUAUCUAAAACAUUUUAUGGUCCUAAUGCCUGUUCUGUUUUGAAAGGGGGGAGGAGUUUUGUGGGGCUAUUGUCUUAUCUCAGUGACUAGUUUGUGCUUCAGACAUUAUGUAGUCUCUGUCACUAAAGAAUAUUUUCAGAUUUCUUAAAGCAUCACCAGCAAAGAUAUCAGUAAAAACAGGUCCAGCGUAAAAAUGACAGUGUGACAAGUUUCAUUGUAAAGGUUCACUCUUAAGGGCACACUGAAGAAAAGCAAACAAAAAUCCAGAGUCAAUCAAUCCAAUCCAAAAUAAACCAAAAACUAUACCAAGUAACUUACAACUGAAGUUAAAUGAUUCAGCAAAGGACUCAUAUAGGAUUUACUAUAUCUCAACAGUGUCUUACUUACAGACCUAACUUACAAAUCUAGAGUACUUAGAGAAUCUAGGAGAGCAGCAUUUCUUGUGCACUUGGUACAGAAUAUGCACACUUGGUGCUCAGACACAAAAAGCCUGUACAAGGUGAAAAAUUCCCCUCAAAGGUAGUGAAAGCCCACUUCAGAUGCCUUUGUGAAGAGUGGAGCCUCAAGGAGUGGGGGGUAUCACUGCUCUGGGAUCCUCCAAGUACAGCAAUCUUGUGACCUCCCUGGCUCCGAGACGCCCCACUCAGAGGGGCUUUUCAGGUCACAGCCACUGCUCCAGCAGCACUCAGAGGGUCUCACUUUGGAUCACUGUUUGUAGGGCUGCGAGAGAGAGGGCUUUGAUCACAACUGUGUUCCAUCCUGGCCACACUUCGGGCUGGAAACUGUCUUCGAAAGUGUAAGGAGAAAACAUAGUAUCCCACUUGGGUUCUUAUUCAGGAAACAAACGUGUCCAAGGCUGUUCAUUAAAUCACAGGAGCUCAUUAGACAUCACAGGUUCCUGGGAGCAGACAGUAUUUUUACUGGUAAGUCAAGAGAGGCUCAGUCUGGGUGCUGUUCCUAAGGAGCAUUUCUCAGAUCAUAUCAGGAGAGGGAUUUGAUACACUAUUGCUUAAUAACCUUUUACACAUCAGUUUUUGCCUAAGUUGCACCAUGAAUGAAUGCAAUGUGGGAUUCAGCUCAAGAAAAGUUAGGCUGUGAAUUAUUUGUCCAAGUAUCUUCUUACCCAGUUGCCUUUGGGUUUAAUGCCUCAAACAGUAGAAAAUAGAAAUUGCUUGCCUUGGGGGCUUCUUGCACUUUGUGGCAGCUAAUAUCUUCUUCAUAGGAGUAUUUCCAAGUCCUCUUCUGAUAUCAGUUGUUGGUAUUAUUCUCCCUCUUGACUGUUUUCCUCUGCUGGAAGGAGAGUUGUUUUUGAUGAGGGAAAUAAGAAACACCUGUCUCUCAUGUGGGCAAGAAUCCAGACAAGUUCUACAACCCAGCACCUGCAAAGCCUUCCACAUAAUGGUAGUUACUGAUGUGUGGUGUUUAGUUUGCAAGGUUUAAAAAUCUCUUGGCCAGAGAUACUAGCCAGCACUCAAACACCAAUUUCUGUGAAAAUUCUACUUUGAAGAAUGGCAUUUUUCGCUAUUAUUUACUUCACUACUUCUUUUUGUAGUUGUGUUAAUUUUUUUAUUUAAGCUUUCUCUAGGGAAAAAAAAAUAUACCUUCCACGUUCUUAUGGCAGCUGUACUUAAUUACUAAGUGUUGGUGUCUUUGAAAUGGAAAGUUUUAAAGUGCAGUGAAGGUAUACUGUAUAUUUCUCACUGCCAAGAACUAGGUACUAAGCCAACACUCAGUUGCGACUGUAAUCUCUUUCUUGUGUGUAAGUUAAAUGUUAUAAUUAAAUCUGAGUUUUCUCCUUUG